CGGUUUGUUUGAACUAUGACUUUUAUUUGAAAUUUACAUUCGUAGUAUAAACAUUGUCAUAUUGAUACUCGAUAUAUCCCAUAACAUAUAUAUUAAAUAAUCUAGAAAAUGUCUAUAUUCUUCAGUACCUACUUAUGUAUUUUACGUUUGCAUAUACAUUUACAAAUAUAAAAUAUGUAUGAUAGCCUGUAAGAAGUCGCUUUAUUAAUAUUUCUUAUUGAUAAAUUGUAACCAAUAAUAACAGAAAAUGUUUAUUGUAGUCCCAUCGUAUAUAGUCUAUAGUGGUGUAUGCAGAUUCAAUAUUCCCUACGCAAUCGUUGCCGCGAAAUUAUAACCAGACGUCGGUAAAUCAUUUAAGUACAAUUUUUAAUUUACAAAAAAAAUAAUUUAUUAUUAUUUAUAGACGUUAAUACAUUUAAUAUUAUUAGGUAGGCCAUAUUUGGCCACAAGUCACAAAUAAAAUGUCUACGACUUGUUUUUGUCGUUUUUAAACCAAAAAAUUUCAGAACUUUCAUUUUUUCUCAUCUUUAAAUUUAUGGUUGAACUUGAUCAAAUGUAUAUGUGCAUGUGCGUUGUAUAGAUCAUGUGAAAUCUCAUAAAUAAAAUUAACCACAUUAACUUAACAGGUUAAAUCACGUUACUGUUCUCCAGAAUUGAUUAUUAAUUUCAUAGUGGAAUUUUUUUCGAAGUAUUUCGAUACACAAAAAUAAUAUUUAUAAUGACUAAUGAGUAUACCUAGUUUAUAAAUUAGUUACAAUUAUUUAAUUGCAGGGAAUAUUUCAUUUACAAUUUUUUAGUUAACUCCAAAUUGUAGAUAUUUACAAAACGAAUUAAUUACUCCUUUAAAAUUCGAUUUUAUGCAUUAGACUUAAUCUACGAGUGCGAUUACUCCUAAAAUGUUUUGGAACAAUAAAUAUGAAAAAUGCAUGUUUUUUUUUAAAAAAAAAACUUUAAAAUUAAGACUUGUAACGAUAAAAAGUAUUAAUAUUUUCUAAGUUAGAAUUUUUCAAAAAAAAUUUGAUUCUCAAAUUGAUCACUUUGUAAUUUGUAUACAAGGUUACAUAUUAUCGAUAUAGGUAUCAUAAAAUCAAUGGAAAAAUUAAGAAAGUUGACAGAUACAUAUGAACCACCAGAAACCCAAGAAAACAUUAUUAAUAUGUAACUAAUGAAAUUAAUUCUACUAGGAUUAUAAUUCAAGGAUUGCGCUUGUAUAUUUGCUAUAUUCAAGUUUAUCAUUUGAUCUAUUUUGAUGAAUUGUUUUUUUUUUUAGUAUAAAACUGUUAUUAUGUAUUUUAUGUCAAUAGUCUAUGUGACCAUAUCUGUAUGUGAUUAUCAAGGAUAGUUUGAAGUAAAUGUUAUAAAUAAUAAUCAUCAGUUGCUUAGAUGAUUUAAUUGUUGCCCAACUCAACUAUCUUUACGUUCAUAAUUAAGAGUGAAAAAUGGUUGAUCAAAAUUUUCAAUUUGAUAGAUUAUCAUUAGAAAAUUUUAAAUGUAAAUACAGACAAUUUCCUGGAGAAUUUAUGCUUGGUACUGCUUCUUCAGCAUAUCAAAUUGAGGGUGCGUGGAAUGAUGAUGGAAAAACCGAGAGCAUAUGGGAUCGAAUCGCUCACACUAAACAAGAAUUAUUUAUGGACGAAUUAGAGUCAGAUGAAACAAAUUCUUCAAAUAAUGUAGAUAUGAUCUCAGAAAAUACAUUUUUGUGUAUAUCAAAAGGAAUACCUAUGUACAGAAUAAAAUAUAAACAAGGCCAUACAGCUAUUACUGGAGAUAUUGCUUGUAAUAGUUAUUAUAAAGUUGAUGAAGACGUUGAGCUUCUUAAAGAACUUAAGGUUCAAUCAUAUCGAUUUUCAUUAAGUUGGCCACGUAUUUUACCAAGAGGCGAAGAUAGUUACGUAAAUCCUGCUGGUGUCCAAUAUUAUAAUCGACUUAUUGAUAAAUUGAUUGAGAACAAUAUAACACCUAUAGUGACAAUUUAUCAUUGGGACUUGCCUCAGUGUAUACAAGAUUUGGGAGGAUGGUGUAAUAAACAAAUAAUAGAGUUCUUCACUCUUUAUGUUCGAGUGGUUUUCAGAACGUUCGGCGAUCGUGUGAAAUAUUGGAUCACUAUCAAUGAACCUUACUUGGUAUCAGAAAGUUAUGGAAAUAUAAGCGGAGCACCUGCAUUAAGCAAAAGUGGUUUUGGGGAUUAUUUGGCCAUACAUCAUACAAUAUUAGCACACGCUACUGCUUAUCAUAUAUACAAUCGAGAAUUUAGACCAUUGCAAAAUGGUCAAAUAGGUAUAAGUUUAAACAUGGAAUGGUAUUAUCCAAAAAAUGUAAGUUCCUUAGAAGAUCAUUACGCUGCACAUCGAGCUCGUAUGUGGCAGUUUGGAGUGUUUGCCCAUCCGUUAUUUUUCGGAGACUAUCCGGAAGAUGUGAAACAAGGAGUUAUGGAAAUUAAUAAAUCUAAUGGAAUAUCAUUAAAACGACUGCUUGAUUUUAGUGAGAACGAAAAACAUAAAAUCAAAGGAACAUUAGAUUUUUUGGGUAUCAAUCAUUAUUUUUCGGUGUAUGCAACAAAGUUACAGUCAACUCAGAAUCAACCAUUAAAGACUCUAGAUUCUAAUUUUGAACUAUCAUUAAUUAAAGAAUUUCCUUAUUCAAACCCCAUGUGGAUUAAAGAAACUCCUAAGGGCAUACGUAAUUUGUUGUGUUGGAUUAGAGAUACAUACGGAAAUCCUAAGAUUAUUAUUACUGAAAAUGGCGUUUCAAACAAAGAACGAAAUGAAGACAAGGAUGCAUUCAUUAAAAUAAGAUACCAUUAUGGCUAUUUAAGUGCUGUUCUCAAUGCAAUAUACGAGGAUGGAUGUAACGUGAUUGGUUAUGAAGUCUGGUCAUUUUUGGAUUCAUUAGAGUGGUUUUUUGGAUACAGGGAAAAAUUUGGAAUAUACAAGGUCGAUUUCAAUGACAAGAACCGUACUAGAUAUCCAAAAAAAUCAUUACAGUUUUUUAAGCAGUUAUUUCAAACAAAAAUCUUACCUGAUGUCUUAGAUGAUCUGUAUUGUGAAUAUAAUAAAACUAUUGAAAAUUGAUUGUUUUAUUUUGUGUUAAAAUUGAUUUGAAACAGGAGUCAAGUAAGACAAUACGCUAUAUUAAAUUUAUAUUAAAAUAUGAUUAUAUUUACUACAUACUACAUAAUAUUAUAAAUUAUAAUACAAUGGUACUGCUUACCUAAUUUGUCUAUGACUGAUAAUAGAUGUCAUUGUAGAUUUUGUACAUAAGGAGGGCCACCAUGAGGUACUGGAGCUCGGCUAUGGAUUUAGCAUUUUAGCAUUUUACUUCUAAAUAAUUUUACCAAUAAAAAUAAAUAAAUACGAUACACGAAUGAUAUUAAGUAUAUAACAAUAAAUAAUUGUUAUUAUAGUCCCAAUUAUAAUUGUGAGGUUGGUAUCAUAGAAUUGUAUUUAACACUUUAGCACCGUUGUUUAGUUUAUAGUAUUUAUAGUAUUUUAUAAUAUAAUAGAAUGUAUUUACGUUCAUUUAGACGCAAAGAUUUAAAAAAUUAUAUUUUCAAUAAUUUUUAAGAAAUUAAUUUCUUUACUCUUCGUUAUUACUGAUACUCAGCUUUAGAUAAAUUUGUUAUCCAUACUAAAUCUUUAAAUCCAUUUUGUUCAGAACCUUAUUAAAUCUUUGUAAAAUAUUCGUUCAAUAGGUAUUGAUAAUAUUUGCUUGGGUUUUGAUAUUGUAAACAAAAGAGAUACUAAAUGCACUUUAGUAAACACUAUAAAACUCAUAAUAAUACUUACUUAAAAUUUACUUUAUUCUAACUAUUAGACUUAUGUACCUAUUAAUUUAGUAACAGGUUAACCAAAAAUCCAUUUAUUGACAAAGGGUUUAACUAAUAUUUCAUUAUCCAAAUAUAUAAGUAUAUAUACAUUUUUUUUAGAUAUAUACCUACUAAGUAGGUACUACUAGUGCUAGGUAUUAAUAUACUUUUAUACAUUUAAAUCUAUUCAGCUUUAUCAAUUUAGUGAUUUAGGUACGCUGUUUGUUACUAUAAUGUAUAUAUAACCAUUAUAAGCAGCUUAUUAAUGCUUAUAUUUAAGUUAUUUCUCUAUUCUGCAGUAUAAGCUGUUUACCUACUACUAGAGAGCCUAUAUAAUAUAGGCUCUCUACUUACUACUAGUAUAUAAGUACAUAGAAAAUAUUUGUAUACUUCACUUAAUGAUGAAAAUAUGAUAUAAAUAGGUAUAUAACACCUUGAAAUAUAUAAAUAUGAUAUUUAAACCAUUAUUUUUGUAUUCAAUUUUUCAUUUAUUUGAUUUGACUAUUAUUAUUUGUUGAUCUGUAUUUUCUGUUUCUUCAUUAAUUAUUUGAUGAUAUACACACGUUUUCAUUAGCCAAUAUACAUCAAUGC